AGAGCAGUAACCAACAUGUCAGGGUGGGAGUCUUACUACAAAAACGAAGGCGAUGAAGAGGAAGAAGAACAAGAGGAGGGCCUUGAAGCAGGUGAGCAACCCUAGGCUCUUUUAUUCAGAUCCUAUUCUAGUGCUUGGGACAUUCCUAGCCUUACUUAAACUUUUGUUGGGCACUGGUAGAUUGACAUCUCUUGACCUCCAAUAGAUGACUUUGAACAUUGAUCCCUCGCCGUCUAAGACUCAGGAGAACAUAAAUAUUCAGGAAGAGAUAGUUUGAUUUUUUUGGUUGAUGCUUCUAAGGCCAUGUUUGAAUCUCAAGAUGAAGAUGAAUUGACUCCUUUUGAUAUGAGCAUCCAGUGUAUCCAGAGUGUGUACACCAAUAAGAUCAUAAGCAGUGAUCAAGAUCUCCUGGCAGUGGUGUUCUAUGGUACCGAGAAGGACAAAAAUUCAGUGAAUUUCAAAAAUAUUUAUGUCUUACAGGAGUUGGAUAAUCCAGGUGCUAAACGAGUGCUGGAGCUUGACCGGUUUAAGGGGCAGCAGGGGAAAAAACAUUUCCAAGAUCUGCUUGGCCAUGGAUCUGACUACUCACUAAGUGAAGUGCUGUGGGUCUGUGCCAACCUCUUUAGCAAUGUCCAGUUCAAGAUGAGCCAUAAGAGGAUCAUGCUGUUCACCAAUGAAGAUGACCCCCACAGCAGUGACAGUGCCAAAGCCAGCAGAGCCAGGACCAAGGCUGGGGAUCUCCGUGACACAGGUAUCUUCCUUGACUUGAUGCAUCUGAAGAAGCCUGGGGGCUUUGACAUAUCCUUGUUCUACCGAGACAUUAUCAGCGUAGCAGAGGAUGAGGACCUAGGGGUUCACUUUGAGGAAUCGAGGAAGCUAGAAGACCUGCUGAGGAAGGUUCGUGCCAAGGAGACCAAGAAGCACGUGCUCUGCAGGUUGAAGUUUAAGCUCAACAAGGAUAUAGCAUUCACUGUUGGCAUUUAUAAUAUGGUCCAGAAGGCUCACAAACCUCCUCCAAUAAAGCUUUAUCGGGAAACAAAUGAACCAGUGAAAACCAAGACCCGGACAUUUAGCGUAAAUACAGGCAGUUUGCUUCUGCCUAGUGACACCAAGAGGUCUCAGACCUAUGGGAGCCGUCAGAUUGUACUAGAGAAAGAGGAAACGGAAGCGCUAAAGCGGUUUGAUGAACCAGGUUUGCUUCUCAUCGGUUUCAAGCCCUUGCUAAUGCUGAAGCAGCACCAUUACCUGAGGCCCUCCCUGUUUGUGUACCCCGAGGAAUCUCUGGUCAAUGGGAGCUCAACCCUCUUCAUUGCUCUUCUCACCAAGUGUCUGGAGAAAGAGGUCAUGGCAGUGUGCAGAUACACUCCCCGCAAAAACAUCCCCCCUUAUUUUGUGGCCUUGAUACCACAAGAAGAGGAGCUGGAUGACCAGAAAAUUCAGGUGACUCCCCCAGGCUUCCAGCUUGUCUUCUUGCCCUAUGCUGAUGAUAAACGGAAGGUGCCCUUUACUGAAAAAGUCAUGGCAAACCCAGAGCAGGUAGACAAGAUGAAGGCUAUUGUUCAGAAGCUCCGCUUCAAAUACAGAAGUGACAGCUUUGAGAACCCGGUGCUGCAGCAGCACUUCAAGAACCUGGAGGCCCUGGCUUUGGAUUUGAUGGAGCCCGAACAAGCAGUCGACCUGACCCUGCCCAAGGUGGAGGCGAUGGAUAAAAGACUGGGCUUCCUUGUGGACGAGUUCAAGGAACUUGUCUACCCCCCAGAUUACAGCCUGAAGGCAGAAGUUCCCGUGAGGAAACAAGAUUCUGGAAACAAAAGGCCCAAGGUGGAGGUAUCUGAAGAGGAGCUGAAGGCCCAUAUCAGCAAGGGCACACUGGGUAAGUUCACUGUGCCCAUGCUGAAGGAAGCCUGCAGGGAGUACGGGCUGAAGGGUGGGCUGAAGAAGCAGGAGCUGCUGGACACACUCACCAAGCACUUCCAGAAGAACUGACCAGAGACCAUACAGCCAGCCACCCUUCCACACUGUAGCCAGGCUGCCUGGUUUUCUUCUCAUCAAGUUAAAAAAUGUUUCUCCUGAGCCAGGAAGAGUCCGCCUGACAAAAGCCUAGGACUUUAUGGUUCUGAGACUUUCUGUUGCCAUGGAGACAGUGUAGCCCUCCCACUUUGCUGUGCCUUACUCUGCUGUUGGAAUAAAGAGCCCUAACUUUGUACUGUA